AUGCCCCUAACCCAUACAAAUGCAAAUGCUUCUGAAGAAAGUCAAGAAUUCAAACGCAUCAGCGAGUCAUCUACUUUGGCGUCUUUGAACGACUCCAACGGAAUAGAAAACGUUAAUCACAAAACUCCCGCCACGGUGGACGCUCUGGAUAAUAUCGACUGGCGGUUUGACUCCACAUCGUCAAUCACAAUUAAUACUAAAGCUCCGAUCGAUCUCAACUCGGAACUCGGAAAUGGAUCCGCAGGACUCGAGGGCCCAGAUACUAGUCUGCUAUCGCCACUCACUCCAAUCAAAGACGCUUCCUCGUCUGCCCUCAAAAGAUCCUUCACCAGACAGAAACAGGUUAAAGAAUUACUCAACACGGAAGAAGUCUAUGUGAAGGCCUUGAAAGUUCUCAAAGAGGUGUACAUCAACUAUUUGUCAACGACCGGUCCGAUCCCGCUGUUCUUCGGAAGAUUCGCAAGAGCAGUGGAUAUGUUGCUCGAAGAGCAUAAUCAUUUCCUGGAAGGACUGGUCAAACUGUACCACGACUGGAUCAAGCUCGGCAAUUCCACCGAAACAUGUAAAUCGUCGAUCCACUCGCCAAUGUUCGAAACACAUAUACCGCGGUCCGAAGAUCACCUUCAUCUGGAGAAAAUCGCGGACUGGAUCCUGCAAAACGCCAUAAGUGUCCCCACAUACAGCUCCUACUGCCAGUUGGUCCCCAAGAUUCUCGAAUUCGCAGAGUCGAAGAAUGUCAACCAAUAUAAUGCCAGUUCCAUCGUCAUCUACAACGACUACAUGGUGGAACACCAAGACGUUGCUUCUAGCUAUUUCCUUCAGCAACAACUGGAUAUUCGGUUCAUUUCUUUGAUCCAAAUGCCAACCAACAGAAUAUCCAGGUACAGACUCAUUGCCGACUCUUUGCUACAGAAAUCCAAGGACGAUAUGGAUUUCAGUCUUGUUGAAAAAUUGAACAAGUGUGUCAGCACCAUUGGCGACAAGUGCACGCAGAUCAACAAGAAUGUUGGCAAGGGUGCCAAGAAAGAAGCGCAGAGCCAGGUUCUCAAGCAGAUGAUGACCAGCUCGAUCAAGCAGAUCUCCCAGAACCCGUACUAUUUCGACAAUAUGGGGUAUCUGACAAUGGUGGCAGCGUUUGCAACCGUCUGGCUCAAUGACGAAUCCAUCAAGUACGAGUAUCUGGGGUCAAUCUUGUUUGACUCGCAUCUGGUUCUGGUGAGACCGUACAAGCAUCGCCAGCUGGGAGUGAAGAUGGUUCUCCCGAUCUCGUCGAUUUUCUGCAUCCAGGACGAGGAUUUUGGAGCAAGAGGCAUGUUGUACACCACAUACACCAACUCGUUCAAGAUCCAUUUCGAAAACAACUUCAAGCAGUACGAGAUUGCCGUGAUAUUCACGUCUGAUUCCGAGAAGAAGAUAUGGUUGACAAGAUUGAAUAAAGCGGUUUCCAAGUGGACCAGAGACAUUGGGUCUCACCACAACUUCUCGUACUCAUAUUGCAAAAGGCAAAGUCGGCUAAAGAACAGCGAGCUAGAGAACUUCCGGUUCAGCGGGUUCAUUCCAGACGACAUGACUCCUUACAAAGUCAAGAGCCACAGUCAAUAUUUCGCAUUGGAGACCAACCUUCGUCAGUUCACGGUGAACAACUUUGCGCAAAGUGCAGACGACUCGUUGAAGCGCGACUGGAACUCUAACCCUAGAGCCACAGUCACUUUCAAGAAGGAGGACAGGCUGAGACUGGAGAAGGUUCUUGCUGAGUUUUGGGAGCCAGAAAUCCCAAAGACCAUUGGCGACCUCACCAGAAGCAUCUCGGACUUCAGUUUGCGCAAGAAGCUGUCGAUCUCGUCGAUCUCGUCGAUGGGCAGCAGCCAGCAACAGCCGGCUAUGUAUCCGUGCUCAAACUCAUUGAUGCGCAGCAGCCGCGGAAACAGACUGUCUGCCUCCUCGUCAAUGCGCAACCUGGCGCAUUCUUUCGGCAACCUGAAGACCAACGACGACAAGAGCGAGAAACAUCCUGGAUCUGCAAGCGACAUUGAGGCGCCAGGGUCGCGGUCAGGCACCAUCAAGAAAAGCUUCAGCUUCAAAAAACUAAUCAAGUCCAUGAGCGUCCACACCAAUUUGGCGGAACUACAAAAAGAAUGA